AUGCACGCCCACAACACGCUUCCGACGUACGAUCCCGAUUUCCAGAACCCUCAUCCCGACUAUCCGCCUCUGCAAUCCUAUAACGAACCCGCCAUGAGCAACGACCUCGCUCAAGCCGACUAUGGCUCGACUAACGACCCCUUCGCGUCCACCUCCCUGCCAGUCUCCAGUCCAGCGCAGUACUUCGAUGCAAGUCUGGCACCGGCAUGGCCGCAAGGCUACCCACCUUAUAGCAGCGAUCAGCAAACGCAUUUCGUCCAGUCCACACUAAUGCCAGGAUACCAAUGGCAGUCGCAUGGCUAUCCCGCCGCCCCUACACAUAGUCUUCAAGGCUAUAACCAGACGUUUAUCCCCAAUCUUCCAGUGCAACUCCGACCCGCGCUGGCUAGGUCGGCAGCAAACGUGGCGUAUCACGGAGCAGCCGGUAUGCCUACAGUCCAGGCUGCGACGCCUGCACAAUAUCAUUCAGAGAUCGCCAUGGGGCAGUCGCAUCCUGCGCAAUGGAGUGCAAACAUGGUGGAACAACCUGGCAGCAAUGUGGGGCUACAGCAGAUGACGCACCCGAGUAGCCUCCAGCAAGGCCCCUUUACGACCGUCCCGGCGAGCAGCCUUCACGGCUCUCGACAGACGGCUUCCUCGGGCCAGCGGCGCCCUUCCCCAACGCAGUCAACCACCCCGAGUAGGCGACGAAGUCCAGCUGGCAGCAAUAGGUCCGGACAUACGCCAGAGCCCCGCCCGUCUUCGUCUCGCCAGCCGCGGAGCCCGACCCAGACACCGUGCUGCUGGGGCGGCUUUUGCGGGACGUCGCUCGAGACGCUGCCCAUCGCCGCCAUUUCGCACCAUCUCAAGGAGGCGCACAUAGAUCGCCACACUUGGGACGGUCGCGCACGGGUCGUCUGUCAAUGGACGAGUGGAGGCGCCCCAUGUGGUAUGGAGAUGUACUAUGACAACAUCGGCAAGCACAUCGCGGCCGUCCACCUCGGGAGCACCGCGCUGUCAUGCCCAUAUUGCGACAAGACGUUCUCGAGAGGCGACUCCUUGUGUCGUCAUGUCCGAGAGGCUUGCCGCCACGCGUCAUCAUAGUGCCCCCGCUCGUCGUACCAAUAGACAUCGACGAUCCGCCGCGCUCGCUUCGGUAUUCCCGCCAGCCAGCGCCUCUACCAGAAUGUACUCAUCGCCGCGGUGGGGCCCUCUAUAGUAAUGCAAGGAGGCAUGCCUUCUCGAUGGAUUCCAACCAAUGACGAUCG